GCGGGCGUGUACUCUGAAAGUAUUGUUCCCUUCCUUGUCGUCUAACCGGUAAAAUCACCGUUGUAUGCAACACAUUGCAUAUAGUAUACUGCUCAAGCUGAUUUAGUCAUGGGAGGCAAUAUAAAGCAGGGCUCACUUAGGCUCACUUCGUCUGCUCCGGCCAUCCAUCCACCUUCUCUGGUGUGGGCCAAGAGCCACGCUCGCAUAAGAGCCCUCCAUCAUUGGAGGCGCGAUUGGCGCAAAGACGCACACCCAUCCCCAUUCCGUGCAGCCGUCACGGCUGAGCCGAGUCUUACCUUGCAUCGUUAUUUCCGUGAGAAUGAUGACACCCGACAAGUAGAGUGCCGUCUCGUACAUCUCCUCACUGGACAUGGACACGUCGGUAGCUACUAUAACCGAUUCGUACACGAGGAAUCUAUUGCCUGCCAGUGCCGCACUGCUAACAUGCAGACGCGCGACCACCUGCUCAUCGACUGCACAUCCUACCCAAGCUCGACGCCACCUCAAACACCCCCACCGUACCCUCCGCAGUCCUGCGCUCUUCCGUUCCAAAGAUGCCUAGUUCGACCUGGCCGCUUUCCUUCAAGAUAGUGAUGCCUGGACCAAGGCCUCCCUGACUCCAUACGACCCCGGAUAGGUUCUACCCUGGUCGUGAUAUGAUGUAUCACUGCACCUACGCUCCUACCUUUGGUAGUCCAUCGCUACACUUGUAUUUAGACACAUCUUCGAUCGCCUUCGGCGGUAUAGAAAUUGUACCCCCAAAAAAACGUAGGCUCACGUAGGUGAUUUUCCCACGCUCUACUCGUUCACUUAUAGCUUAUUGUACCUCCCUACUCCUCGCACCGCUCUUCCUUGCUGCACGUUACCCUCUCU